AUGCGCCCCCGUCCGAUGCACCCAGACGUGAGAACAUUUAAUGGAGAAAACGCCCACAACUAUCUUGCCUUCAAGAUAAACCUCCGUACAAAGUUUACAAUUGAUGGGAAUUCCUACCCUGACAGCUCCGCAAAAGCCUACUACAUCUUUAGUCGCCUGGAGGGGAAGGCUAGCCGACGAAUGCUGCCAUGGAUGGAAGCCAACGGACCAACAAUCUCGUAUGAAGGCCUUAUGGAGGCGAUGGAUAAAGCAUACUUGGAUGCAGACCGACAACAAAGAGCUCUCGUACGGAUUAAUACCAUGCGCCAGAACAACAGGGACCUGGACGAGUUCCUGGACAAUUUCAACAAAGCCCUACUGAAUACAGGUGGCAUGGAUUGGCAUGAUGACCAGAAGAAGUCCCUCCUGGAAACAGCUAUUAGCCUGCCACUCCUUCAAGCUAUGGUCAGGAGAGAACAAGCUGACUUGUAUAACAGCUAUCAGCCUCCACCCGCCCGAGCUACCACUGAUGGUCCCAUGGACUGGGAGCCCACUGUUGCUGCUGUCCAGCAGCGUCGCCGAGCUACUGACAACUAA